UAAACCCUAAUCCUAAACUCUAAAUUAUAAUUACUUUACUAGUUUACUUUUAACAGAGAAUGUUGAAACGCUGCGGUUUGAAAGAUGAAAACGGACAAAAAGGUUGUUUUCACUUGAAAUUCUUUGAACAAUUACAAAACAAUGAACGAGUGAAAAUUUCCUGUACUUAGUUGUCGAGAUAACGAGAUAGAUGCACUCUCAUCGCUUGGCUGCAACACUUGACGGGUCUUAUGCAGUGAAUGCGUUCGAAGAAAAUCCUGCAAGAAAUUAAAUCACUAUAAAGGUUAAAAUAAAAUGAUCCCAAAGCCAUUUGGCGUAUUGGGCAAAGGCGCUGUUAUAAUUUUUGGAGGAUUUCUGACUCUCAAUCUUGCUGCUACUGUUGCCGUUGGUGCGUUUCGUUUUGUGGCUGAAAAGAAACGGAAAAAGCUUGCCUUGCCUUGUGGCGUUUGUAAUGGGAAAGGAUUUUACAUAUGUAAGCUGUGCAAUGGAAAUGCUACAAUACAGUGGUCACCUUUGUAUGAUCCAAUUCAUAUUAACCCCUGUGUUUGCCCUACUUGUGAUGGUAACAGGGUGCAGCGCUGCCUAAACUGUCUAGGAAAAGGUUACAGCUGACUAUUGACUUAAUUACAACUUCGGCAAGCUGCUGUCAGGACCCUUAUUUUUAAGGUGCUUCUAUUCUUUCACUGCAUCUACUUUAGAUGUUUGCUAAGUUGAUGUGAUUUACAACACAAUUGAAUUAGCAAAUCCUAUUUUCAGAUAGGAAAAGUGGGUAAGUGCUGGGAACUCCAAAAUUUUUCCAAGAAAUUUCUAAAUCACUUUCUUGAUCGCAUAAGUUGUAAUUCCAUCAAUAGCUUCUUCAAAUGGAGUAUUUCCCUUGAUGAAUUUGUUGUAAGAAGAAUCUCACUCUAUAUUCAGGAAGCAAUCUAUAUAGAAUUUAUUAAUGGAGCUUAGGAGAUUUCUGCCAGUAUAUGAUGACAAGAAAAGUAGCAAUCUCUUCUCAAAUUGGAUUCUCAAGAGUAAAGAAAUUACACGUCAGUUGGCAUAGAUGCAACUUGACCAGUCUAUUGUACUCUCCCUGCAUGUGCCAUCUCUUCGGCUCAGAUAAUUGUUCAUGAAAUGAAACAAAGUGCUGGAAGGUACAAAGCUGGGCAUUGCUGUUUCAAAGGCAACAAGAAUGAAGGUCAGUGUUCAUGGGAUCAAUUUCAGCAUGGAAUCGCUUUCCAAUCAAAGAAAUUAGUGGUGGGGAGGCCUCUGAUUCACGUACCACGAUCUGUAUCCUAUAUCCCACAAACAGCCAAAUCAUUCAGUCACAUUAUCCGAUUGACAUGUUUCAAAGGCAAUAAAAAAGUUAAAUUCCUUUUUGUUGUUUUCAGAUGAAAUCUAAGUGGUCCACGUAAAAUGGGGAUAAA